CAUAAUUAUGAGGUUCUGAGAUAAUUUUCGUAUCGAUUAUUGUGUGCAUCUCAAUUAAUAAAGUCGGUCUCAAAAUGGCGCCCGCCCCGCAGCCAGCGACCACCCCACCCAUGAAGGCCACUUCGAAUGGAUCAUUUCAGGGCGAAAAUCCACUUGAUUACACUCUUCCCUUACUCGUCGUCCAGAUCAUCUUGGUCGUGGUGUUCACCAGGUUUCUUGCAUAUCUUCUAAAACCUCUCCGGCAACCCCGAGUCAUAGCCGAAGUUAUAGGCGGAUGUCUGCUGGGCCCUCCGCAUUCAGGAGGAGCAAGACCUUUCUACACACGAUUUUCCCGCCAAAAUCUCUAUUUCUUCUUCUUCCUCGUCGGCCUCGAGCUCGACAUUGACGCCAUCGGCCACACCGGAAAGAAGUCCCUCGGCAUCGCCCUCUGCGAGAUUACCCUCCCCUUCGUCCUCGGCAUCGGCACCUCCGAAGCCCUACUCGCCACCGUCUCGAAAGGCAUGAAACAAGGCCCCUUCCUCGUCUUCAACGGCGUCGCCCUCUCCAUCACUGCCUUCCCCGUCCUGGCCCGCAUCCUCGCUGAGCUCAAGCUCCUCACCACCGAUGUCGGCCGCAUACCGCAUUGCCAUGUUCAUACAUCGACCAGAAUUAGAAGCAAGAGUUGAGGCCACAGCAAGAACGUGCACCUUGAAUCAGAAGGGUGGCCCUUUAUUGCAGGACCUCGAUCUUGCUUAAUUAGUUUUGGCAGCAUUUACACCUAACAAAGUACUGGUACUGUACGUUAAGACAAAAAAUUCCUAAAACAAAUAUGCAAGCUCGUAAAUUUUUAUCCAAGGCAUACAUGCCCUAAUUAUGAACAAGUUGAACGUUUGUUGCAUCUAGUU